AUCUAUCCAGGAGUAUUUGGAACUUUAAAAUGUGCUUGAAUGGGAACUUCUUAUCAAAAAAAGAUUCUCUUCUAUAUCAGGGUGGCCAUUGACCUUUGAGAAAACAGUUUGUCAAAUGUUCACAUAGCAAUGUUUUAUUUAAUAACAACUUGUGGCACAGUAUACAUAUCACUUGUUCCCAAGGCGAUGGGGCCGACAUAAGAUUUUGAGUGCUUAGAACUCUUAAUGGUACUAAUAUUUCAUUAAUUUUACUUGUCAAUGAGUCUUUGAUGAUUAUUUGAACCACAAACCCUUUUCUCCCAACAAAAUUUUUAGAAGAGAAAAAAGAAGAGGAAACUCUUUAUAUGAAAAUUCUCUAUUAUAAAGAGUUCCCUUGUAUACUUAAUUUAGCUAGGGAAAGAAGGAAGUUUCCCAGAAAUUUGAGGAAAGAAAUCAGAUCCAGAAGGUUCAGACUCUGGUUCUGCUCAAUCUUAUGGUCAGUCCCAUCCUAACUAGUAAAGAGCGGUCACACAGAUUCAAGGAGCUUGUUGGUUGAAUUGAAAGAUGGAGCUAACCACCAUCAAGGAUGCAUUUGACCGUGUUAAUAAGAAGCAAAAAUUAUCUUCUUCUAAAUCCCAAGAAGUUAUUGACCAAGUUGGCAGGGAAAUUGAACAGGCUUUGGAAAAGAUCCAGUCAGCUGAUGACCCCACCUCCCCUUUUGAUCAGAAGUCCAUCCUUACGGAUCUUGUACUCGAGCUCAAUGCAAUUGACCCACUCCACCAGUUAGAAGGACCACAGAAGGAACUAAACCUAAACCUUAGCAAGUACCAGAAACUACUUGAAAGAUUCUUCAAUCCUGACAUAUCUAAGGCAUAUAGAAAUGUAGACUUUGACCUCCACAUUGUGAAUCAGAUUCUUGCGAGCCAUUUUUACCGGGAAGGCUUGUUUGAUCUUGGAGAUAGCAUAUUAAACGAUGCUGGGGAACCAGAGGCAACUGUAUUAAAAUCUCAAUUCUUGGAUAUGCAUCAGAUACUUGAGGCUGCAAGACUUCGGAACCUUGAGCCUGCACUGAAAUGGGCCUCUACCAACCGGGAGAAGCUCAAGCAGAAUGGUUCAAAAAUUGAGCUUAAACUUCAUCAGCUGCAGUUUUUGGACGUUUUGCAGAAAGGAACCCGAGCUGAUGCAGUCAUAUAUGCCAGAACCUACCUUGCUCCUUUCUAUUCCCUUCACAAGAAGGAGUUCCAGAAGCUUAUGUGUUGCCUUCUGUGGGCAGGAAGGAUUGGAAGCGCCCCGUAUCCUGAGAUCACGUCUCCAACCCAUUGGGAGAACUUGACUGAAGAGCUGACCAGGGAAUUCUGCAGCCUCUUAGGGCAUUCAUAUGGGAGCCCAUUGGGUGUGGCAAUAUCAGCUGGUAUUGAAGGACUACCUACUCUUCUAAAGCUGGCAAGUGUCAUGUCUGCAAAGAAGCAGGAGUGGCAGGCAAUGAAACAGCUGCCAGUGCCAGUUGAAUUGGGAAAAGAAUUUCAAUUUCAUUCAAUCUUUGUCUGUCCUGUGAGUAGGGAUCAAGGUAGUGAAGAGAAUCCGCCAAUGCUGAUGCCAUGUUCACAUGUUCUUUGUAAGCAAUCAAUCAUGAAGCUGUCAAAAAGUGGAACACGGUCGUUUAAGUGUCCGUAUUGCCCAGCAGAGAUUUCAGUUGGACAGUGGAGGCAACUGUAUUUCUGAAAUGAGUUUGCGAAAUCUCUCUCUCCACCCCGCCCCCAAAAAUAAAAACAAAGAUAGUGCAGCGGCAAUGAUUUGGUAGAUUAUACCCCCGACUUGAGGGACUAAUUCCUCUUAUAAUUCUAGUUUUUCUGUUAUUCAUGAUUAGAAACAAAUCAAAAAGAAAAAAAAUUGGUGUGGUAGGUUACUGCAGACGCAAUGGCUGCAUUCAACCUGCGCUUUGCUAUUUUGUGUAUAGAUAUUCUUUUAAGAUUCCUUUUCUGUUUUUGAAAGACCAAUUGGUAAAAUAAUAAUCUAGACACUAGUUGUUUGUA